AUGUAAUAAACAUAUACUCUUUAAGAAAAAGGAUUUUUGAAUUUGGUUAAUAAAUGUUACUAGAUGAUAGAUCACUAUAAAAAUUAGAAUGAAAAAAUUUCUACAGUUUUACUGAUUGGGUAAAUAGGAUCUGGAAAAAGUACCAUUUUCAACUUCUUGAGUGGUGCAAAUUUUUACAUUAAUGAAUUUAAUCGGUUGUCUUUGGAGAUAAAAUCAACUGGAUAUUAUGAGAUUAAGGAAUUCUAGGAAAGUUAAUAAGAGAUGCCAAAAUUCAAUAAAAAUAUUUAAAAUAAUCAUCUAAUUAUUGAUUUUUCCUUAUAGCUAAGCAAUGAAGGAGCUUUAAACCAAUUAUUAAUUGAACUUAUAUAUAACAAAAUUGUUAAUUCUGGUAGGAUUAAACUUAUUUACAUCAUACUUUGCUCUGAUAAAUUGUAUCAGGGAUGGUCUCGUUAAUUGUAAGAAUUUACGUAACAAUUUAACAUUUCAAAAUUAGAUUUAUUAUUUAAUAAUUAUUGUGGUGAGUUAUCAGUUGAAAAACUGACUGAAAAUAUAAAAAAAUCAAUUAUCCUCAUAAAAGUUAAUAGGUUCGAUUGGUGAUAUACUAAUCGUAAGAAAAGCUGAAAAAUCAUCAUUAAAUAGCGUUUUUAACGAUAAUUCCAGAAAAGAGUUAUGGAGUAAGAUAGAAUAAACUAAAAAUUAUGUAAAUUAAUCAUGCGAGAAAUUUACUAUACUUUUAAGUAAUGUUGCAUAAUAAGCAGUUGUUAUAUACUUAACUCAUUUAUAGGAGAAUUUAAAUUAGAAAUAUAAGAGUCUCUCUAAAUGCGAAACCAAAAAUAUUUAGUAAGAUUUGUCAGAAUUAUUAAAUUCUAUUACAAUUGGAAAUCAAUAAACACCUUUAAUAUGGUAUUUAAAAUUCAUUUCUACUUGCGAUAAAAUAGCUAAAACUCUUUCAGCACAAAGUUCAACAACAAACGAGAUUAGGGAUUUCACUAAAGCAUUUUAGCUUUAUAAAUAACUUUCUCAGUCCAAUGAGAGCUUUCGCUAUUUGGAUAUCAUAAACUAAAUUGGAAAACUAAAAGAAAGAUUUAAAAUAAUAGAAAUGAAAUAACAAAGUCUUACAAUGCAAAGAUGGGGAAUGAAUUGA